UUAAUCAAAUUAACCAAAAAGUAGUAACAACUCAAAAGAUCGAUUCCAAAUCCUAAAUCCCCAACAAACGCCAACAAUUUCCCCGCAGAGAGACGUCGUUGGCUUUCUCCGGGAGUGUACGCAAAUCACCGCCGUGUCGACACGUUGCGGCCGUACUCGUGGGCGACUCCACCACUGAAAGCACAUGUGCCAGAUUUUUCUUCUUCUAAUCUAGAGUGAAGGAGCAACAAAGCAAGAGAAGAGCCAUGGACUCGGACAAAGAGCAGUUAGAACAAGAGACACUGCCACUGAGCCUGAGACCAGAGUGGUCCGACGUCAAACCCAUUCCUCAAGACGAUGGCCCGAACCCCGUUGUUCAAAUUGCCUACAAGCAAGACUUCAGAGAAACCAUGGACUACUUUCGUGCCAUCUACUCAGCCAAGGAGCUCUCUCCUCGUGCUCUUCAGCUCACUCGAGAAGCCAUCCUCCUCAAUCCAGGAAACUACACUGUUUGGCAUUUCAGGCGUCAAAUACUUGAGGCACUUGAUGCUAACUUGCUUGAGGAACUGGAUUUUGUUGGAUGUAUUGCCAAGGAUAACUCCAAAAACUAUCAAAUAUGGCAUCAUAGACGGUGGGUUGCUCAGAAAUUAGGAACUUCUGCGACAAGCAAGGAACUUGAUUUCACUAGGAAGAUACUUUCCCUUGAUGCUAAAAAUUAUCAUGCCUGGUCCCAUAGGCAGUGGGUGCUUCAGGCAUUAGGAGGGUGGGAAGAUGAACUUGACUAUUGUCAGCAGCUUCUUGAAGAGGAUAUAUACAACAAUUCUGCAUGGAAUCAGCGAUACUUUGUAAUAACUAGGUCUCCCUUCCUUGGGGGCCUUGAGGCCAUGAGAGACUCUGAAGUAAGCUAUACUGUUGAAGCCAUUAUGGCCAACCCUGAUAAUGAAAGCCCAUGGAGAUACCUUCGAGGCCUUUACAAGAACAACACUGAGUCUUGGAUUAAUGAUCCUAAAGUCUCCUCAGUAUGUUUGAAGGUUUUGAAUGCUAAAAGCAACCAUGUAUUUGCUCUGAGCAUGCUUUUAGAUCUGCUUUGCCACGGCUUUCAGCCAAGUCAAGACUUCAGAGAAGCCAUAGAUGCAUUGACUUCAGACUCGGCUCCCAUUGAUUCUGACUUGGCAAAGGCUAUUUGUGAUGUUCUGCAGCGUGUUGAUAUGAUGAGAGCUAACUACUGGAUAUGGCGCAAGAGCAAGCUCACUCCGGUGGCCUGAUGUAAUUGAGGGAUGGGGGUGUUGGUCUGUUCAAGGCCAUGGAAGAUGGAUAUUAUUAUCAGUUUAUAGACUGUUAGUUUUAAUCUGAUUAAUCCAGCCUAAUAAGAGAGAUAUCGUCAGAUGUAUACAGUUGAGUGACUAAUGAAAAGUAUCUGUGUUAUUAUAGCUUCAGAUUUUGUACAACUGGAAGUAGUUUGUUCUGCUGAACCCAAAAGUGAAAUUUGAUGAAGGAAGCGAACAACCCAUGUAUGGUAAGGACUCUAGUUCUGUAUUCACUAUA